CCUUCUUCACCGGAGAGGUAUCUAAUCCUUUGUGCUUGCUUCUCGCGAGCACGAACUUCAUUAAUCGAAAAUAAAAAGAAAAACGACAACAAAGAAACCGAAAGAGAAACAGAAACGUCGUAUCUUUUUACAAGACGUUCCUCCUUUGUACCGGUAUAUCGACGGACCAGCGAGGGGUGCACGUGAACCGACCGAUUGAAUCCGACUGCUAACGCCUUGAAUCGAGUUCGCUAGACAGCACGUUUUGUUUUUCUUCGCGCGAUCACCUCGGAUUUAGAAGCAACCAAGCGAUUGUUAAGUUUAAGUGGCGGACAGGGUCGAGAGACGGCAGUCAUGAACGGGAUUUCCAGUCAAUGCGCGAAAAUCAAGGAUUUGAGCAUAUACGAUGGCGAGGACGAUCACACGAUGAUGAUUAAGAAGCCCGGCCCUCUGAGAACUGUUUCCUGGUCAGAGAACGUCGAGGAGAGCAACCUGGAUGUACCGGGGACGCCUAGGACUCCGCGAACUUCCACCACGCCAGGUCACGAGAAAUGUACGUUUCAUCACGAUUUGGAGCUGGAUCAUAGGCCACCCACACGUGAGGCUCUGCUUCCGGAAAUGUCACGAAGUUACAGGCUACUUUUGAGCUCCCUUGGCGAGGACCCGGAUCGGCAAGGCCUUCUAAAAACGCCGGAACGUGCCGCGAAAGCUAUGCUGUUCUUCACAAAGGGCUAUGAUCAAAGCAUCGACGAUGUUAUAAAUGACGCGGUGUUCGACGAGGAUCACGAUGAAAUGGUUGUUGUAAAGGACAUCGAGAUGUUCUCCAUGUGCGAGCACCACUUGGUACCAUUUUACGGGAAGGUCUCGAUCGGUUACCUUCCCUGUAAGAAGAUCCUUGGUCUCAGCAAAUUAGCGAGAAUCGUGGAGAUCUUCAGCCGACGCCUUCAGGUUCAAGAACGUCUCACGAAACAGAUCGCAGUUGCGGUGACAAAAGCGGUACAGCCAGCAGGAGUGGCUGUGGUCGUCGAAGGAGUGCACAUGUGCAUGGUGAUGAGGGGAGUGCAGAAAAUAAAUAGCAAAACAGUUACGUCAACGAUGCUUGGCGUCUUUCGAGAUGAUCCGAAGACACGCGAGGAAUUUCUUAAUCUGGUCCAUAACAAGUAAACUCCUUUCUUCGGAUCAUCAUGGCAUGUUGUUAUUAUUGGCCAAGGGACCAUCGUAUCUACACAACGGCCCCGACACGAUUCUUGUUCCAACGUUUUCAUCAUACUGCUACCUCACUGCAAAAGGCGUCCAACAAAAAAAGAAGUUGAUUUAACGGCGUGCUUUUUUGCAACAUUCCUUUUCAUUUAAAAAAAAAAAAUUUUUUUUUUCUUCUGAGAAGAACAUCAUUCCGUACACGCCAACGUUACAGAAAAUGAUAUUUCAUUUGAACGACACUCUGUCGUAUAGUUAAGAUAGUCCCGUCGGCUGUCGUAACAGAAUGACUAACAAAGUUGGACGAUGUUGUCUAAGACGUCUUUGAACAGGACGUUCUUAAACUGCUGAUCGAAUGACACAGAGACAAUAUGGUAGUUACACGCGAAAACUUUACGUAAGUUCUACAAAUUGCUGGUGACACUCUCCCUGUUAAGAUGAAACGAAAGGGGAGAAAGAAAAUGCUGAUCUUUAUCGGAGGGGAAAGUUUAGAACUUACGGAUCGUUUCGGAAAAAACUUCAUCGACGACGCAUAUGCUUGAGAAAGCAUGCUGCGACGUCUUCGUCAGGAAUCCGAUGAUUCUAAAAAUAUAUCAAUAACAUUACCAUGCUGCUGGACCAGCUGUAAUUAUCCGUUCGAUUGUUGUUAUACUUUGCAUAUACUUUUGUAAUGUUAUUAAUAUAUUCGGGGAACGUGCGAAAACAUUUGAAGCGUCUUUUGAUCAGGCAACUGCGUCGUUUCUGAGAACGAAAUUAGGAAAUUCUGAGAUCGAGGUUUCUCGAUCAGCAUAAACUGAACGAUUGCCAGGACACUUUCGGUCAAUGGCCUCGUGAUUCGUGACAAUACAUAUUUUAGAUUCUAUAUUACGACUGAAAAGUGUUCACGUCGUAAUACAUUGUGCCGAUCGAGAAACAUAGAUAAGCGUAUCAUAUUUUGAAAGCAACUGCUCACGGUGAAUAACCGAUAAAUCCUUUCGAUUUCAUUAUCGUUUCGAACUUGUAAAACGUGAACAGCCAUACGUUUUACAACGUGAAACGCAUUUUGAAAUAUCC